CAGGCGAGAGGAGCGCAGCGGCGGCGGCGGCCGGAGAGGGAGCGGCGGGCGCAGGCGGUAGCGGGCGCGGCGUUGGCGGCGGCCCUGGCGGAGCGAGCGCGGAGCCGGCGAGCCGGGAGCACAGGCGGCCGCGCCGCGUCCUGCCCGGGCCCGGCCCGCGCGCCCCGCAUCGCCCGCAGCGCGGGCAUCCGGACCUGCCGGGCGCCUUGGGGGCUCGGGCGAGCAGCAGGCUGGGCGGGGGGCUGCGGGCGCCUGCGGGGGUGCCCCAGGGGUCGUCCGGGCUAGGCCAGGAGCUCACCGGGGGCGGCGGGAGAAGCACCCCCUCCGGCCGGGCGCCCGGCUCCGCCGCGGGCGACUCCCGGGGAUUUGCAACUCGCCGGAUCAAGUCUUCGCCGGCGGGGACGCUGCUCCGGAGCCAGCUGCUGUUGGUGGCCACAGACUGGCACCGGGACCCUGGAUGCUAGAAGCCAUCACCGGAGUCCUCUAAUACCUGUUCCUGCCCUCUCUUGGAGCCCACCGGCCCCGACUCCCCAACUGGCCUGAUCCAGUUCUCUGCCGGACCUGGCAUGUCAAGGCCUGGUCUGUGCCUGCCUGCCCAGCCGGCGGAACCUCAGCGGCCCCGUGAGCUAGGAUGAGGGGCCAGGCCGCCGCCCCUGGCCUCUGCCUCCUGGAUGCACUGCUGCUGCUGCUGCUAUUGCUACCGGGGCACUGGGCGCUUGCAGCCUCAGGGAUGGACUUGGGGCCCGGGUCCGAGCCUUGUGCCACCCUGGUGCAGGGCAAGUUCUUCGGCUACUUCUCCUCUGCCGCCGUGUUUCCCGUCAACGCCUCCCGCUGCUCCUGGACCCUGCGCAACCCUGACCCUCGGCGCUACACGCUCUACAUGAAGGUGACCAAGGCGCCCGCGCCCUGCGGGGACCUGGGCCUGGUGCGCACCUACCAGUUCGACUCCUUCCUGGAGUCCACGCGCACCUACCUGGGUGUGGAGAGCUUCGAUGAGGUGCUGCGUCUCUGCGACCCCUCGGCGCCCCUGGCCUUCCUGCAAGCUGGCAAGCAGUUCCUGCGUAUGCAGCGCCAGCAGCCACCCUGGGACCGCAACCUCGGGGCUCUGGGACCCUCGGCGGCCACCGAAUUCUCCGUGGAGUACCUGGUCGUGGGGAACCGUAACCCCAGCCGGGCUGCCUGCCAGAUGCUGUGCCGAUGGCUGGAUGCCUGUCUGGCCGGUAGCCGCAGCUCUCAUCCCUGUGGCAUCAUGCAAACCCCCUGUGCCUGCCUGGGGGGUGACCCUGGAGACCCUGCUUCUGGCUCCCUGGCUCCCCAAGGGGACGUCUGCCUGAGGGAAGGCAUGGCUGGUGGCCCUGAGAACUGCCUUACCAGCCUGACCCAGGACCGGGGCGGGGACGGUUCCCCAGGAGGUUGGAAGCUGUGGUCGCUGUGGGGCGAGUGCACGCGGGACUGCGGCGGGGGCCUGCAGACGAGGACACGCACCUGCCUGCCCAAGCCGGGCGUGGAGGGCGGCGGCUGCGAGGGGGUGCUGGAGGAGGGCCGGCUGUGCAACCGCAAGGCCUGCGGCACGGCAGGACGCACCAACUCCCGGAGCCAGUCCCUGAGGUCCACGGAUGCCCGGCGGCGGGACGAGCUGGGAGAUGAACUACAGCAGUUUGGGUUCCCUGCCCCACAGACAGGUGACCCAGCGGCAGAGGAGUGGUCCCCGUGGAGCGUGUGCUCCAGUACGUGCGGCGAAGGCUGGCAGACCCGCACCCGUUUCUGCGUGUCGUCGUCCUACAGCACCCAGUGCAGCGGGCCUUUGCGCGAACAACGACUCUGCAAUAACUCUGCUGUGUGUCCAGUGCACGGUGCCUGGGAUGAGUGGUCCCCCUGGAGCCUCUGCUCCAGCACCUGUGGCCGGGGCUUUCGGGACCGCACGCGUACCUGCAGGCCCCCCCAGUUUGGAGGCAACCCCUGUGAGGGUCCGGAGAAGCAAACCAAGUUCUGCAACAUUGCCCUGUGCCCUGUGGAUGGAAACUGGAAUGAGUGGUCCAGCUGGAGCGCCUGCUCUGCCAGCUGCUCUCAGGGCCGGCAGCAGCGCACUCGGGAGUGCAACGGGCCUUCGUAUGGAGGUGCAGAGUGUCAGGGCCACUGGGUGGAGACUCGAGACUGCUUCCUGCAGCAGUGCCCAGUGGAUGGGAAAUGGCAGGCCUGGGCGUCCUGGGGCAGCUGCAGUGUCACGUGUGGAGGUGGCACUCAGCGCCGAGAGCGCAUGUGCGCCGGACCCUUCUUUGGGGGAGCAGCCUGCCAGGGCCCACAGGAUGAAUACCGGCAGUGCAGUGCCCAGCGGUGUCCUGAGCCCCAUGAGAUCUGUGACGAGGACAACUUUGGCACUGUGAUCUGGAAAGAGACCCCGGCAGGAGAGGUGGCCACGGUCCGGUGCCCUCGCAAUGCCACUGGCCUCAUCCUGCGCCGCUGUGAACUGGAUGAGGAAGGCAUGGCCUACUGGGAGCCCCCCACCUACAUCCGCUGUGUCUCCAUUGACUACCGCAACAUCCAGAUGAUGACCCGGGAGCACCUGGCCAAGGCUCAGCGAGGCCUGCCCGGGGAAGGGGUCUCGGAAGUCAUCCAGACGCUGGUGGAGAUCUCCCAGGACGGAACCAGCUACAGCGGGGACCUGCUUUCCACCAUUGACGUGCUGAGGAACAUGACGGAGAUUUUCCGGAGGGCUUACUACAGCCCCACCCCUGGGGACGUACAGAACUUUGUCCAGAUUAUUAGCAACCUGCUGGCAGAAGAGAACCGGGACAAGUGGGAGGAGGCCCAGCUGAUGGGCCCGAAUGCCAAGGAGCUGUUCCGGCUGGUGGAGGACUUUGUGGAUGUCAUUGGCUUCCGCAUGAAGGACUUGCGGGAUGCGUACCAGGUGACAGACAACCUGGUCCUCAGCAUCCACAAGCUUCCAGCCAGCGGAGCCACUGACAUCAGCUUCCCCAUGAAGGGCUGGAGGGCCACAGGCGACUGGGCCAAGGUGCCGGAGGACAGGGUCACUGUGUCCAAGAGUGUCUUCUCCACGGGGCUGGCAGAGGCCGAUGACUCCUCUGUGUUUGUGGUUGGCACCGUGCUGUACCGGAACCUGGGCAGCUUCCUGGCCUUGCAGAGGAACACGACUGUCCUAAACUCCAAGGUCAUCUCAGUGACCGUGAAACCCCCACCUCGAUCCCUGCUCACACCCUUAGAGAUCGAGUUUGCCCACAUGUACAAUGGCACCACCAACCAGACGUGUAUCCUGUGGGAUGAGACGGGCGUACCCUCCUCCCCCGCCCCCCCGCAGCUCGGGCCCUGGUCGUGGCGCGGCUGCCGCACGGUGCCCCUCGACGCCCUCCGGACACGCUGCCUCUGUGACCGGCUCUCCACAUUCGCCAUCUUAGCCCAGCUCAGCGCCGACGCGAACAUGGAGAAGGUGAUCGUGCCAUCGGUGACGCUCAUCGUGGGCUGUGGUGUGUCGUCCCUGACCCUGCUUAUGCUCAUCAUCAUAUAUGUCUCUGUGUGGAGGUACAUCCGCUCAGAGAGGUCUGUCAUCCUCAUCAAUUUCUGCUUGUCCAUCAUUUCCUCCAACGCCCUCAUCCUCAUCGGGCAGACCCAGACCCGAAACAAGGUGGUCUGUACACUCGUGGCUGCCUUCCUGCAUUUCUUCUUCCUGUCCUCCUUCUGCUGGGUGCUCACUGAGGCUUGGCAGUCCUACAUGGCCGUGACGGGCCGCCUUCGGAACCGCCUCAUUCGAAAGCGCUUCCUCUGCCUGGGCUGGGGGCUCCCUGCACUGGUCGUGGCCAUUUCUGUGGGAUUUACCAAGGCCAAAGGGUACAGCACCAUGAACUACUGCUGGCUCUCCCUGGAGGGGGGACUGCUGUAUGCCUUCGUGGGACCGGCUGCCGCUGUUGUGCUGGUGAACAUGGUCAUUGGCAUCCUGGUGUUCAACAAGCUGGUGUCCAAAGACGGCAUCACAGACAAGAAGCUGAAGGAGCGGGCAGGUCAGCUGCCCCCGGCCCCCCUCGGGCGUGCCCUCAAAUGUGCAGAGUGUGGAGCCCUCUCUGCGGCCGACGCCACCUCCGAAGCUGCCAGUAAUGCCAUGGCGUCUCUCUGGAGCUCCUGUGUGGUGCUGCCGCUGCUGGCGCUGACCUGGAUGUCGGCAGUGCUUGCCGUCACCGACCGACGCUCCGCCCUCUUCCAGAUCCUCUUCGCUGUCUUCGACUCACUGGAGGGCUUUGUCAUUGUGAUGGUGCACUGUGUCCUGCGGAGAGAGGUCCAGGAUGCUGUGAAGUGCCGUGUGGUGGACCGCCAGGAGGAGGGCAACGGGGACUCGGGGGGCUCCUUCCAGAAUGGCCACGCUCAGCUCAUGACUGACUUCGAGAAGGAUGUGGAUCUGGCCUGUAGAUCAGGUGAGCGCCUGACAGUGCUGAACAAGGACAUCACAACCUGCCGCACAGCCACCAUCACGGGGACACUCAAGCGGCCGUCACUCCCUGAGGAGGAGAAGCUGAAGCUGGCCCAUGCCAAGGCAGCACCACCCCCCAACUUCAACAGCCUGCCGGCCAACGUGUCUAAACUACACCUGCACAGCUCCCCCCGCUGCCCAGGCGGACCCCUGCCUGACUUCCCCAACCACUCGCUUACCCUCAAGAAGGACCGGGCACCCAAGUCCUCCUUCAUCGGUGACGGCGACAUCUUCAAGAAGCUGGACACGGAGCUGAGCCGGGCCCAGGAGAAGGCUCUGGACACGAGCUACGUGAUCCUACCCACAGCCACGGCCACGCUGCGGCCCAAGCCUAAGGAGGAACCCAAGUACAGUAUCAACAUUGACCAGAUGCCCCAGACUCGCCUCAUCCACCUCAACAUGGCACCCGACGCCAGCUUCCCCACCCACAGCCCCCCUGCCCGAGAGCCCCCCAGUGGGCCCCCUGAGGCACCCCCUGCCCAGCCCCCACCUCCCCCACCCCCACCCCCUCCACCCCCCCAACAGCCCCUGCCUCCGCCUCCCCCAAUGGAACCAGCGCCCCCCAGCCUGGGGGAGUCUGGGGAGCAACCCGUCCACCCGGGACCCAGCACAGGAACUGGAACGAAGAAUGAGAAUGUGAACACCUUGUCCGUGAGUUCCUUGGAGCGACGAAAAUCGCGGUAUGCGGAACUGGACUUCGAAAAAAUCAUGCACACGCGGAAGCGGCACCAGGACAUGUUCCAGGACCUGAACCGGAAGUUGCAGCACGCUGAGAAGGACAAGGAGGUGCUGGGAGCCGACAGCAAGGACUGGCCUCCCCCAGCGCAUGCCAGAUCCUGGAAGGAUAGGCCAGAAAAGCAGCAGACACCCAACAAGCGGCCCUGGGAGAGCCUCCGGAAAGCCCACGGGACGCCCACCUGGGUGAAGAAGGAGCUGGAGCCCCUGGCCCCAUCCCCGAUGGAGCUGCAGAGUGUGGAGUGGGAGAAGUCGGGUGCCACAAUCCCACUAGUGGGCCAGGACAUCAUUGACCUCCAGACCGAGGUCUGAGCGGGUGGGCAGUGGCCAUGCACUGGGCCACGGAGGAGGGUUGCUGCUCUGCCCACUCCUGCUACAGCUCGGGCAGCAGGCCAGACCCACGCCCCAGUCUCGGGGCGCUCGGACAGUGGCCAGGCAGAAGUCUGCAGUGCUGGGACCAGAGCCAGACGGGACAGGAGGUGGCGGUGGCCCGGCGGGCACAGGGCCCCAGAGGCCUGAAGGAGCCUCAGACUCUGCUCUCCUCGGGCCCAGCCCGGAGCCGGGCGGCCAUGGACAAUGGCCAGGCCUGGUCCACCGCAUCCACAGGAUGCCCUGCUGUAGGGGCACAGCGGAGGACCAGCCUGCUUGGCCACGCGGCCUGGCGCCGUUUUUUAGACACCCUCACCCUUGGGAAGCAGCCAGCCCCCCCCCCCCCACACACACACUUCCAGGGCCCUGGGCCCUUCCCCAGACCCAGGUGGAGAGCACAGCCCUUGACCUGCGCCGCCCCAGGGGCAGGACUAGAAGCCCACUCCGGGAAGAAACGGGUGGGGAAUCUAUUUUUUCUCUCCUUUUCUUUUCUUCAAUAAAAAGAAUUAAAAACCUACAA